GUAAAUAGAUUUUUAACUCUGUAAUGGAAAACCUCAAAAGGAAAACAGUCUGUCCCUAAACGAAAGUAACCUUUUGUCUGGCAGCAGCAAAGCCCCAGGUCCCCAAGGCGGACGCCCCUCUGCUGGCUUUGCCACCGUGUUUCCUGUGGCUGUCCAUCUUCUGGUGACUUGGGUUGCGGCUCUUUGAGGGCAGGGAAUAUCGGGCAGGCGGUGCAGUAUGUCUCUCCCCAAGAUGCUAGGAAGGAAAAUGUGAGAAAAUUAAACUAUAAACAUGAAGAAAUUAAAGCUUAAAGAACUGGAAAGCUGUCUUCAACAAGUCGAUACUUUUGAAAGUCCAAAACUGCUCCUUGAACAGUAUCCAACAAGACCUCAUAUCGCAGCAUGUAUGCUUUAUACAAUUCACAAUACUUUUGAUGAUAUUGAAAACAAAACAAUUGCAGAUUUAGGAUGUGGUUGUGGCAUGCUCAGCAUUGGAAGUGCAAUGUUAGGAGCAGGAUUGUGUGUGGGGUUUGACAUAGAUGCAGAUGCACUGGAAAUAUUUAAUAGCAAUAUUGAAGACUUUGAGCUCACGAACAUCAACAUGGUUCAGUGUGAUGUCUGUUCUUUAUCUGACAGCAUGUUGGAGACUUUUGACACAGUUAUUAUGAACCCUCCGUUUGGUACCAAGCAUAAUAAAGGAAUGGAUAUGAUUUUUCUGAAAACUGCUUUACAAAUGGCGAAAACAGCUGUAUAUUCCCUUCACAAAACUUCAACACGGCCGCACAUUCAAAAGAAAGCAGAUGAAUGGGAAGUGAAGAUGGAAGUCAUAGCAGAACUUAGAUAUGACCUACCAGCAUCAUACAAGUUCCAUAGGAAGAAAUCAGUUGACAUUGAAGUGGAUUUCAUUAGAUUUUCUGCCAAGAAACUCCUGAACUGAGGCAUGUCUUUAAAACCUAUUGAAAAUGGAACAAUAAAAAAAACUUUUUUUUUUUUUU